CUUCCAAUUCCAUGGCCAAGGUGUGUACGAUUCUCGUUCUUCUCACCUCAUGUGCUCUGAUUCAGAACGCAAGUGCCCAAAAUGCGCUCGAGUUAGAAAGUGAACUUCAAGGUUAUUUACCUUCGAAUCGGGGCCAAUCUAAAUUUUCCCUGCAAGCUGCCAAAGAUCUGCUGGAGAGGAAGUGCAGCAAAGUUCUGCUAAAUAGCACAGCUUCAACACAAUUCGAGAAGUUCGAAAGGGCUGGCCACAAGUUCUUCGAGUGUGUCAGCAACAUUGCCAAUGCUACAGAGGUAUUGGAAGAAGUGGAAGCUGCACGCCCCACAGGAGAUCUGGAUUUGGUUAUUGUGAAGUACUGCCAAAGAAUUCCCCAAGCGAAGAAGUGUCUAAACGAAUUCAAUGAGCAACUCUUGGUAUGUUUGACUCCAAGCGAGAGGAUUGAAAAUGCCAAUAUGAUGCGUAUUUUCACAUCGCUGCUGGAUGCCCUCUGCCAUAAAAACGGCGAUUCGAUAGCCCUUUUCAUAGCGGAGGAAGGUCCCGAGUGUUUAGAGGCCAACAAGGAUAACAUUGUGGAGUGCAUGAAUGCCACAUUCGCCGCAUACCUGCCCGACGAGGUGCCUGCAGAGUUGCCAGAACUGGUCAUAGGCUCCAAGCAGUGCAUUGAGCUGCAUGACUUUGAGCAAUGUGUACUGAACUAUUUGGAAAAGUGUAAAGAGGUAACUCCAUCGGGCAUUGUGGAGUCCGUCUUUAGAUACUUGCGCAGAGAAACCAUAUGUCAAGUUGAAAUUGAAAAGGUGACAUCCAAACAUCAACGCAAUGGGGCGAUGCUUGCCCCCAAGUUGGCAUGGCCAAUGUUCGCAAUACUGGCGGCAAUAUUGGCCUCACAAUCAAGUGUCAAGUUUUUACUGUAA